UGCGGCUCUACCCUCCAGACCACACACCGCUUUCCUUUUCAUCGAAAGUAUGUUACAUAAAAUACAAGGACCCGAGCAGUGUUGGCGUGGCUCAGCAUUUAACCAACACUGUGUUUAUUGAUCGAGCUCUUAUUGUUGUGCCAUGUGCGGAAGAUGACUAGAGUGGCCCAGGCGUUACAGUACUACCCUAGCCUGACUCAAGGCUUUGUUUUCCAAGCCACUAAACCCGCUGGGGCCCACGCUGCCUUCAAGGGGGGAUUGUGACCAGGAGCGUAGCCGCUGAACCUUCCAAGAUGGACACCUUGUCUCUUUUUUUUUUUUUCUGUUUCUUUUGCUUUUUCUUUUUUUGUCCUUUUUUGUUUAUUUCUUUCCUCUGACAUUGUGUCUUGUUUGCCUCUUUAGAAGAGGCUGUUGCAUAUUUCAUUGUUGUUUCUUUUUUUUAUUUUUUAUUUUUAUUUUUUUUUCUUCUGUCCCCAAGUCCCCACCAUUCCUCCUCUUCCCUAUGCAGUUGUCCACUUUUGCGUGUCUCUCAAAGCUGUCCAGGUUGGGAUCCAGUUAUGGAGGGGAAUUUGAACGGUACACAGGCAGCCGUGGCUGGCGAUUAAUUCUGAUCUCUAUGUUUGUGUCUAAUCCCCUUUCCUCCUCUGUCUUUCUCUCUCUCUCUCUCUCUCUCUCUCUCUCUCUCUCUCUAUCUCUUUCUAUUUCUUUCUAUUUCUUUCUAUCUCUCGCUUUCUCUCUAUAUCCUCUUUGUCGGUAUUGCAAUGCUUUCACUUUGACUUAAGGAUCCUGUAUGAUAACCAGAAAUACUUUUUCAGCUUACCGUUAUGGUCGAGCACUAUAUUAACAUAAAUUAACCUUUAAUUAGGGAAGUUACAGAUGAUUACCUAUUUGCUUAAGAUUAUUAAAAAUUUAUUAAUAUUAUUAUUAUUAUUUGGAUAAAUUUAAAUUCUAAUCGAUCCACACCCUUUCCUUACCAACACUAUGAAUUAUUAUAGUCUUUCACUGCAUGCUAAAAUUAGCCGACACUAGCAGAUUCUUUAAAGAUAGCUGUUUAUUUUUUUUGUUUGUUUAUUUUACAUUUUUUUGAAAGACGCUUAAAAUGUUUUUCUCUUCUGUAUCUGAUGUUCUGUGUGCUAUUAGUGAUGCAACGAACAUGAACGGUUGUCUUGUGUUGCACACCCUUUCCAACACUGCGACACGAUUGCCCCCAAGGAGAAACGCGCCCAUGCUUGAUAUCGUAUGGUUCAUGCCCAUUAUGUUUCCAGUACAGGAAAAAUCCCAGAGGAGGCCAAGGCUUUAUCCCUUCUGGCACCUGUAGCCCCAGUGCCCAGUUUGAUGCCUGGAGGAGGACUGCUGCCCAUCCCGAGCCCUUCACCACUGCAGAAUUUGAGUUUGCCUCUGGCAGCCCGGGCCCCACUGCACCUCGGGCUCGAACCUUCACUGAGCACCAUGUCCUCCCAACCCCCUAUCAUGGGCAACGUGGACCCUUCCAAAAUAGAUGAGAUCCGCAGGACGGUGUACGUCGGCAAUCUCAAUUCUCAGACCACGACAGCGGAGCAGCUGCUGGAGUUUUUUAAACAGGUCGGUGAGGUAAAGUUCGUGCGGAUGGCGGGAGACGAGACUCAGCCAACACGCUUCGCCUUUGUGGAGUUCGCCAACCAGGACUGUGUGGCGCGAGCACUCGUUUUUAACGGGGUCAUGUUUGGAGACAGACCGUUAAAGAUCAACCAUUCCAACAACGCCAUCGUGAAACCUCCAGAGCUGACCCCUCAGGCCGCUGCUAAAGAACUGGAGGAUGUGAUGAAGCGCGUGAGAGAGGCUCAGUCCAUCAUAGCAGCAACCAUCGACCCAGCGGAGGAAGAAAAACCCUCACCCAGCAGAUCCAGGAGAUCAAGAAGGUCGCAUUCCAGAUCUCGAUCUCAUUCACGUUCACACUCACAACGAAAACGCUCAAGUUCCAACCACAGUGGCCGGCCAUCACAGAAGUCAUGGAGGAGGAUGAGCGAAUCACACAAGCGACGCUCCAAAGACAGAAGAUACAGCCGCUCACACUCCAGAGAAAGACGGAAAGAUAGAGAUGGGAAGAUGAGGAGAGUGGAUGAUGCUGAUGACAGGAGACGGGAUAAAAAAGGAAGAAUGCCUUUUAAAGGUUACAGACGAUCCUCCAGAUCCCCAAGCAACAGCAGGGGACAAAGAAAGAGGAGCAAAUCACGCUCUAGAUCUGUAAGAAAGAAAGCAAGGUCUCCGUCACCAAAGAAAGGAAAGAAGGACCGGUGGAGAGAACAUGGCCGGGGCAGCAGUAAGGAAUGGAGAGAGAGAUCAUCAUCCAGGAGGAGGAGCAGAGACUCGGACAGGCGGGAGAGUAAAGCAAAGUCCAAACAAACGGAGAGCAGGUACAGUCAGAAGGAACAGGACUACGAGAGCGAUGGUGAGGACAUGGGCUCGGGUGUAAGCGAAGACUUCUCUCCUCACGCCAUACACAACGGCAGAUACAGCAACACACACGCAGAUGACACAGAGGAGUUCUCCACAGCUGACUAAACUAUGGACAGCUCACACUUCCCUGGGGUUCACAUACUUGAAAUGUUUUAUUUCUUUUUGUACAGUGUUUCUCUCUCUCUCUCUCUCUCUCUCUCUCUCUCUCAAAAUCAUGUUGUUGGAUCCUAAGAAGUUUUUUUUUGUGCUCAUUAUAUACGAGUGCUAUAUUGAAAUAUACUGUAUGCUUGUGUAUAAAGUUCAGGAAUUAUUUCCGUUCGUCAUUUAUUUUUAGCUACAGAAAAAGAGGCACCUCAUGGACCUGUCUCACUACCCUUUACACUAUCUAAUGUUUUCACUAGAAUCCAGGGGAUCUCUUUUUUUUUUUUUUUUUUUUUUUUUUUGGUUGCCCCCACCUCCACUCAUUCAUGUAGUUAUGUGAAUACCCUCAUAUAUUAUGAGCAUAACCUUAGUAAUUACAUGUGUAAAGAAAAUAUAAGGGGGAAAAUACACUUGGUAUGUAAAAAGUGCCUGGGGGAAAAAAGUUGCACAUGUUAAGUAUAGUUAUGAAACAUAAAUAUAGCUUGUGCAUUUAUCUCACUCUUUAACAAGGCUGAUAGUCAGUGCUUUUUAGAUGUAUGUUUUUUCACGGUAUUUUGCAUAAACCAGUAAAUAGUGAUAUGGAGAUAUACAGUAGUUUUACUGUGCAGUGUUAUUAAUCCAUCCAUCAGAAUUUUCAGUUUUUCAGCAGGUUUUUCAUUCUUUUUUCUUUUUCCUCUUACUGUCGUGUCUUCAAAUUUGAAGUAACUAAUAGUGAUAUCUGCCUGUACGGUUAUGUAAACUAAUUUGAGUUGCGCAUUGUCACAUUCAAGUAUGGGAAAAUUAUUUUUUUUAAAGUUAUGUUUGGUCUGAGAUGUAGAUUAAUCAUGCUUGUGUGUGUGAUUGUAGUUGAGUGCACAUGUUUGCACACCCUUAGGACAACAUGAUGGUAAGACAAACAAAAAGUGUUCAUUUCAGUAAUUGUCAUUUGAAGGUUUGCAGUGUACAGUAUGUAGUGAUCAAAAUUUGCGUUUCUUUCUACAUAUGUGAUAACUGUGUUCUCUGUAUUAUCUAAUCAUUUUGAAGUCACUGGAAGUUUGAUUUCAGGAUGUGCCCAUGUUUCAUAUUGACCUUCCUAGAGCUGUAAACUAUCGUGAAACUGUAAAACAAAGUUGUUUUUUUGAACAGCAGAAAAAUAUAGGCGGUGCAAACUUUUUCACUCCACUGUAUAACUAUUGGAACUAAUAUGUAAAAAAAAAAAAAAGGCACCCCAAAAGAGAGAUGAUUCUUGACCCAUAUUAUUUUGUGUGAUUCCGUGGAUAUAUUGGACCUAUUUUUGGUAACGAGAAAUCAUUUAAAAUAAAUAAAUAUUCCCUGAUAUGUAUGAAA